GGCAACCGACGCACACAAGGGGCUUGAGAGUCCUGAGAGAGCGGGGUCAGGCCAUGAACUUGGGAGAUGGUUUAAAGCUAGAAACUGAAUUAUUAGAUGGAAAAACCAAGCUAAUAUUAUCUCCAUAUGAAUGUAAAUCAAAAAUUUCUGUGAAGAUGGGAAAUAAGACCAAGACUGGAAAACGUCCUUUUAGAGCAAAGCAAACUGGAUACAUUCUAAAGUCAACACAAAAUACUUGUAUCAGGAAUGAGAAACUUUUGCAAAAGAAGAGGAUUAGUUCAGAAACUUCACUGGUAAAGGGUGAAAAAAAUAGUAUGGCUUUUUCACUCACUAAGGAUUUAUGCAAGGAGUAUGCUGAUAAAGACUGUCUUCAUAUCCAGAAAGAGAUUUCUCCUGCAACCUCUAAUAUACAGAAGACUAGAAACACCAUAAAUACGUCUCUAGUAACUAAACAGAAGCCUUGCAAAAAAUACAUCACAGGUGAAAAUAUGAAGAGUAGUUUUGUAUGUCUAACACAAGACCAACUACAACAGAUUUUGAUGACUGUAAACCAAGGAAAUAGAUCUAUUUUGCUGACUGAGAAUGGGAAGGAGGAGGAAACAAGUCAGUACAGUCUACAUUUAAACAGUAUUCCUAAUCAGCCAAAGGAUGAGAACAUUAUGGGACUACUACAAAAAACUGAGGCUAUUUCACAUGUCUGGGAUGAAAAUAAAUCUGUUUUAAAUAAAAAUCAGGAGACAUCUAAGCAGCCUGAGCAGAAAAUUCCCAUUGAGAGUGUAUGGAAACCAGCUGACAUAUUCAGUACCCUGGGGGAAAGAGAACGUGAUAGAAGUUUGUUGGAAGCAAAAAAAGCCCAGUGGAGGAAAGAGCUUGAUGAACAGGUUGCUUUAAAGAAGAAAGAAAAAGAAGCUCCUGAAAAAUGGAAUAAUCCUUGGAAAAAAUCUGAAAGUGAUAUAGUAUGGGAAAAUCUUCAAAUUCUUGACCAGUCUAAGACUUUUCCUAGUGUUUCCAGCAUUCUGUCACAGUCUUCCAGUCAGGUAGCAGUGGUCCAGGCUGAUGGUCACUCAUUAUCUAGAGCUGGUCAGAUUUUAGAGGAUGAGGAACAUGACAGAUGGGCAAUACAUUUUGAUUCAUUAAAGAGUUAUCCUGGUUCUCAGUCUCAACUGUCCUCUCGGUCAUCACACAAACAACCAGAGUACUUCUGUGUCUCUCCGGACACUCAGGAGCUGGCUGAUAUCAGCAGUGUUUAUACACCUACAACUGGAAGCCAGAUUGAACCUUCAGAAGAGGAACAUAUAGCAAAACCUGUUAGAGGUGUGGUGAUUGCAAACAGUCAAAAAACAAACUUCCUUCGUUCGAUGACUGCCCUCUUGGACCCAGCUCAGAUUGAGGAACGAGAUAGGUGGCGACAAAAGCAGUUAGAACAUCAGAAAGCCAUCACUGCUCAGGUAGAAGAGAAGCGUAGGAAGAAGCAGUUGCAAGAAGAGCAGAGAAAGAAGGAAGAACAAGAAGAGGAGCUUCGUUUAGCACGGGAACGAGAAGAGAUGCAGAAGCAGUAUGAAGAAGACAUACUUAAGCAAAAACAAAAGGAAGAAAUUAUAACUCUCAAGACAAAUGAACUGUUCCAGACGAUGCAGAGAGCACAGGAGCUGGCACAGAGACUGAAACAAGAACAAAGAAUUAGAGAAUUGGCUCAAAAGGGACAUGACACUUCUAGAUUGAUGAAAAAUCUUGGUGUCGAUUCAGUACAAGUGGAAUUUAAUGAAUCUACUAACAACAUUUCAAAUUCAAGACAUAGCUUGGAUGAAGUCAGUGGUAAAAUGAAUACAUGUAUUAGUUCUGUGAACUCUUCUAAGAAGGAUACUGGUGUGCAAACAGAUAACUUAAAUAUUGAAAUAUUCACCAGUGCAGAAUCACACUGUGGAUCAGUAAUAGAGAGGGAAAUUAUAAAUUGUUCCUCUCCCGAGAUACCUGCAGAAUUUAAUGAACAGUUUAACACCAAGAAAAACAAACAAGAACUAAGAAGUCAGGAUAAAGGAUUGAACUUAGAAAAAGAAAAUAGUUGGUAUAAUGACCAUUGCAAUCAGUUCACAAGUGCAGAGAAACAAACAAAACAUAGGAAGAAAUGUCCUAAAAGGCCUGAUUGGAAUAUAAAUAAGCCACUCAAAGGGUAUAUUCCAGCAUCAGAAAAGUACCCUAAGCAGCUUCAAAAGCAGAGAGAAGAAAAAAAGGUAAGAAGGCAAAUGGAACUGCUUCAUUUGGUAGAAAGAAAGAAUCCUGGAAACCUCUCUCAAAAUAGAAGCACUUCACCAGUUCAUUCAUCUCAUCAGGAAACUGAGUCAAAGUUCAGGUGGCAUCUAGUCAAAAAGGAAGAAGAAUGUCUGAAAAUUAAUUCUUUCAACAAAGAAAGGUCUCAAUCACCACCAGUUUCUAUGGUGAAAAACAGAACACAACAAACUCAGACAUUAAAAAAUAAUUAUGAAAGAGAGAACCUGAUCUCAGGAGGCAAUCAAACAGAAUUAUCACCUACAAUUUCUGAACCAUCUCAUUUUAUUCCCUAUGUUCGAACCAAUGAGAUCUAUUACCUUGAUCCAGAUGCACCAUUGUCUAGGCCUCUAACCCAGAAUCCUCAGUACCAAAAUCCACUAAACUGUGACCAAGAACAAAGACAGCUAUUUGACUCUGAUUAUGUCAGGGAUCCACUUCUUAAUCCUAACCUGGUGAAAAACAGGGAUAGACAGCAAGCAAUCCUAAAGGGACUGUCAGAACUGAGACAGGGCCUUCUCCAGAAGCAAAGGGAGUUGGAAACUAAUCUCAUGCCUUUAGCUGCCAAUCAAGAAGAAUUUUAGUUCUUCGUUUUAAAUGUAGAAAAAUCAAAUCCUUCACAUUUGAUUUGUCUUCCAAAUUAUAAA